AUGCCGCGCCUGAUUUCGUCUGGAAUCCUGCUCCUCUCGCUGUCUCACACCUCGCACUCUUCGCCUUCGCUCUGUUGGAGCAGACCUGACUGUGUCGACCGCCUCGAAGGCCACCCGAAGGAUGCCAGGGCUUGGGGCGAGCUGGGAUUCUACGGAGGGGGCAUCGUCAACUCCCGGCAUUUCUCUCCGAAGGACUGCGAACUUCGAGCUUUGGAGCUGGACCCAACCAUCGCCGCCUUCUGGUACAACUUGGGGGUCAUCGGCGGACGCCAACGCCUGGGACGAGCUAGGAGCCUCCAUGGGGGCUGGGUAGGACUGGGAUACAACACCCCGGCGCAAUGCUAUUCCAAAGCCAGCGAGGGUCGUGAUAGGAAGCUGGAGGUGGAUCUUGAUAGCCUACCCGACUCGGUGAAGCCAGAAGACUUCCGGAAUGUGGCGGCAGAGCUCCUGUUAGGGAACUCUAAUCUCGAUUUCCGGGAGCAGAUGACGGAGCUCUUCCAUCUUUGCCACCCGGCUUCUGCCGAAUGUCUGCAGAACGGCAAGGCGCAGUCUCUCUAUUGGCACGGAGAGUUGGCCAGAAAGCUGCCUGAAGCCCCUUCCAUGGUGUCGGCCAUCGUUCUGCAGGGCGUGAUAUUGGAGCUCCAGAAGCCCCAGAGGCGUAACACAUCCUUCAGCCGCAGCUUGCUGAGACAGGCUGUCUGCAUGGCCCAGGUGCGUUGGGGAAUGAGUGAACGGCGAAUGGCUACCGACAAGGCUCCACAUGCUUUUGACGACCCUUGUGAUGAGACCCCGCCGACGCGCCUCUGGAGCAUGGAGCCUGCGGUCAACCCUGGGGAAGGUGCUGUGAGCGGACACAGGGUGGGGUGUGCUCUCGCCGCCGGCACCAUACUGGCAGCAUCCGUCUCUCUGAUCUUCAUUCUUCGCGCGAGACCGAAGUUGGAGAGCUACCAGCGCCUGCCGCAGACAGACUGGGAAUUCCUAGAUACAGAAGGUGUGGCGCGAGCAGGUGCAGUGCAGGAGGUCCUGGAAUUACAGGAUCAUCAUCUGAUUCCGCUGCAGCGUUUUCAAACAUGUCAGUGCUUCCCUGGAGUGUGA